UCUGCCGGCUACGUGGGGCGCUAACUCAACUUGGUGUCUCGGGCGCCAGAGCCGAUCGAGCGCGCCUGCCCACCGGCGGGUGGACACGGGUUCCACAGCUCCUGACCUCGGUGACAGAGCAAAUCAAUUGCCCGGAGUUCCAGGUGAAGUUGGGUGCCUGCCCUGGUGAUAACGUCAGUGGAAGCUAUCCAGAGUAAAUGAGGGAAAUUCAGAAAUUGGAGCAUUAAAAGCCAGUUUGGGGCCCUGGUGUCUUGCAGAACAUAGGACCACACAGCUGUGUUUCCAUCCACACACCAUUGUCUUGGGGAGGUGGGGAACUCCAGGAAGCAUUGAACCAGUGACCCCAGCACAGGAGAAGAUAAGUUCAAUAUGGCCAUGUGGCAGGGAGCCAUGGAUAACAGAGGCUUUCAGCAAGGGAGUUUUAGUAGCUUCCAGAGCAGCUCCAGUGAUGAAGAUUUGAUGGAUAUACCGGGGACAGCAAUGGAUUUCUCCAUGAGAGAUGAUGUUCCUCCCUUGGAUCGAGAAAUAGAAGGGGACAAAUCAUACAAUGGUGGAGGACUAGGUUCUUCAAAUAGGAUCAUGGAUUUUUUGGAGGAGCCAAUCCCUGGUGUAGGAACCUAUGAUGAUUUCAACACAAUUGAUUGGGUGAGAGAGAAGUCUCGAGACCGUGAUAGGCACCGAGAGAUUACCAAUAAGAGCAAAGAGUCGACAUGGGCCCUAAUUCACAGUGUGAGUGAUGCUUUUUCCGGCUGGCUGUUGAUGCUCCUUAUUGGGCUUUUAUCAGGUUCCUUAGCUGGUCUGAUAGACAUCUCUGCUCAUUGGAUGACAGACUUAAAAGAAGGUAUAUGCACCGGAGGAUUCUGGUUUAACCAUGAACACUGUUGCUGGAACUCUGAUCAUGUCACCUUUGAAGACAGAUACAAAUGUCCAGAGUGGAAUAGCUGGUCCCAGCUUAUCAUUAGCACGGAUGAGGGAGCCUUUGCCUACAUAGUGAAUUAUUUCAUGUAUGUCCUCUGGGCUCUUCUAUUUGCCUUCCUUGCUGUAUCUCUUGUCAAGGUGUUUGCACCUUAUGCCUGUGGCUCUGGAAUCCCUGAGAUAAAAACUAUCUUGAGUGGCUUCAUUAUUAGAGGCUAUUUGGGUAAGUGGACCCUGGUCAUCAAAACCAUCACCUUGGUGCUGGCAGUGUCAUCUGGCCUGAGCCUGGGCAAAGAGGGCCCCCUAGUGCAUGUGGCUUGCUGCUGUGGGAACAUCCUAUGCCACUGCUUCAACAAAUACCGUAAGAAUGAAGCCAAGCGCAGAGAGGUUUUAUCAGCUGCAGCAGCUGCUGGUGUAUCUGUAGCCUUUGGGGCACCUAUUGGUGGAGUGUUAUUCAGCCUUGAAGAGGUCAGCUACUAUUUUCCACUGAAAACCUUAUGGCGUUCCUUCUUUGCUGCCCUAGUAGCAGCAUUUACUCUACGCUCCAUCAAUCCAUUUGGGAACAGCCGCUUAGUUUUAUUUUAUGUGGAGUUUCACACUCCAUGGCAUCUCUUUGAGCUUGUGCCAUUCAUUCUAUUAGGCAUAUUUGGUGGCCUGUGGGGAGCUCUGUUUAUCCGCACAAACAUUGCCUGGUGUCGGAAACGUAAGACCACACAGUUGGGCAAAUAUCCUGUUAUAGAAGUACUCAUUGUGACAGCUAUCACUGCCAUUCUGGCCUUUCCUAAUGAAUACACCCGAAUGAGCACAAGUGAGCUCAUUUCGGAGCUGUUCAAUGACUGUGGCCUUCUGGACUCCUCCAAGCUGUGUGAUUAUGAGAAUCACUUCAACACAAGCAAGGGCGGUGAGCUGCCUGACAGACCUGCUGGCGUGGGAGUCUACAGUGCCAUGUGGCAGCUGGCUUUGACACUCAUACUGAAAAUUGUCAUUACUAUAUUCACCUUUGGUAUGAAGAUCCCUUCUGGCCUCUUUAUUCCUAGCAUGGCUGUUGGUGCUAUAGCAGGUCGCCUUUUAGGAGUAGGAAUGGAGCAGUUGGCUUAUUACCACCAUGACUGGACCAUCUUCAAUAGCUGGUGUAGUCAGGGAGCGGACUGUAUCACGCCUGGCCUUUAUGCCAUGGUUGGGGCUGCAGCCUGCUUAGGUGGGGUGACUCGGAUGACUGUUUCUCUUGUUGUCAUAAUGUUUGAACUAACUGGUGGCUUGGAAUAUAUCGUGCCUCUGAUGGCUGCAGCCAUGACAAGCAAAUGGGUAGCAGAUGCUCUUGGGCGUGAGGGCAUCUAUGAUGCCCACAUCCGUCUCAAUGGAUACCCCUUCCUUGAAGCCAAAGAAGAGUUUGCUCAUAAGACCCUUGCAAUGGAUGUGAUGAAACCCCGGAGGAAUGAUCCUUUAUUGACUGUCCUUACACAGGACAGUAUGACUGUGGAGGAUGUGGAAACGAUAAUCAGUGAAACUACUUACAGUGGCUUCCCAGUAGUAGUGUCCCGGGAGUCUCAAAGACUUGUAGGCUUUGUCCUUCGAAGAGAUCUCAUUAUUUCAAUUGAAAAUGCUCGAAAGAAACAGGAUGGGGUUGUGAGCACCUCUAUCAUUUAUUUCACUGAGCAUUCUCCUCCAAUGCCACCUUACACUCCACCCACCCUGAAGCUUCGGAACAUCCUGGAUCUCAGCCCCUUCACUGUGACAGACCUUACACCCAUGGAGAUCGUAGUGGAUAUCUUCCGCAAGCUGGGACUGCGGCAGUGCCUGGUUACCCACAAUGGGCGAUUGCUGGGAAUCAUUACCAAAAAGGAUGUGCUAAAGCAUAUAGCACAGAUGGCAAACCAAGAUCCUGAUUCCAUUCUCUUCAACUAGAAUCAUGGGUUGUUCUGGAUAUAAGACAGGAAGGACAUUGCAGACCAUGGAUAUAUUUUAUUAACUGGGUACCCAAAACACAUUUCCCAUAUUUGGAUGGUGAAGUCCUAAUUAGUGUGUUGUCUCUUUCCUAAAAGUUAACCAGUUGCACUACAUAAUCUCUGGAAAUUAAUCUUCUCUUUAGGAGAAAAUACAAUUAGGCUUCUGUGAUCUUUGCAUUAGGAAGAUUUUGCGAAAGAGUAUACAAGAUUGCUAUGGUUUAAUCAUA